UAUUUUCAUUUACAAUUCUAAUAUUUUUCAAACGAUUUAUUUUCUUGCGGUUUCGAUUCUUCAAUGAGAGGCGCACAAGGCGGAGGAGCUAUGGUGAUGGAGCGGCCCGGCAGAUUAAAUCGAAGGCGAUUUGGAGCGUACUUGCAGUCCGAUCCGGCGAUUUUUUCCGGUAGCGAUUACGAGUUCUCUUCACGGCAUAGCAGUGCGGUGAGUCCGGUGUAUAACUACCACAAAUCGCCGGCGAGUAGUGACGCUUCGCCGUCCUUGAUGUCGCCGUGGAAUCAAUCGGCUUCUCCGUAUUCGAAAUCGCCCUGGAUUGUUACGUCGAGGAUGAAUUUGUACGAUGAUGAAUUUUACGCUCGGAAUGGAUUGAUUGGAUCUCUGGUUAGAGAGGAAGGUCAUGUGUAUUCGUUGGCUGUGGCAGGGGAUUUGUUGUACACUGGAUCGGAUAGCAAGAACAUUCGCGUGUGGAAGAAUUUGAAGGAGUAUACAGGAUUUAAAUCGAGUAGUGGAUUAGUGAAAUCGAUUAUCUUCUGCGCAGACAGGAUUUUCACCGGACAUCAAGACGGAAAAAUUCGAAUCUGGAAAGUUUCGUCGAAGAAUCCGAAAUCUCAUAGCCGAAUUGGAAGCCUACCGACAUUGAAGGAAUUCGUGAAGAGCUCGAUGAAUCCGAGAAAUUACGUGAAAGUUCGUCGCCAUCACAACGUCCUUCGUAUUAGGCAUUUCGACGCCAUUUCAUCGAUGAGCUUGAACGAAGAGUUAGGGCUUUUGUACUCUGGAUCUUGGGACAAAACGAUGAAGGUCUGGCGAAUCUCGAAUUCGAAAUGUCUAGAAUCAAUUAGCGCUCACGAUGACGCCGUGAACGCCGUCGCAUCGGGAUUAGAAAGCCUUGUUUUCACUGGAUCUGCCGAUGGAACAGUGAAGGUUUGGCGAAGGGAGAUGCAGGGGAAAGGUACGAAGCAUUUUCUGGUUCAUGUGUUACUGAAACAGGAAAAUGCGGUGACGGCCUUGGCGGUGAAUCGGCAUUCGGCGGUGUUGUACAGCGGUUCGUCGGAUGGAGUGGUGAAUUACUGGGAGAGCGAGAAGCAGUUGUCGCACGGCGGCAUCCUCCGCGGCCAUAAACUGGCGGUGCUCUGUUUAGCGACGGCCGGAAACAUGAUGUUCAGCGGAUCCGCAGAUAAAAACAUUUGCGUUUGGCGGAGAGAAGAGAAUAGCGGAUCUCAUACAUGCUUGUCGAUUCUGACCGGCCACGCAGGUCCAGUCAAAUGCUUAGCGGUUAAGGAAGAUAAAGAAGAAUCACCAUCGCUGCCGGAGGAAACCGCAGCCAGGAAGCUCUAUAACAGUAGCCGACGGUGGAUUGUAUACAGUGGAAGCCUGGAUCGGUCGGUGAAGGUGUGGCGAGUGGCGGAGAACGCGCCAGAGCUGUUCAAGCUCCGGGAAGCGGAGCGGCCGUACAAGUAGAAAAGGCGAAACAGAAAAGAAAGUACUGGGCGUUCCGAUUUGCAUGGCGCUUGGGGUAGUUGAAGAAGGUCAGAUAUGGUGCAGAAGGGUGUACGGAAAUGGAAUGCAGUGCUCCAACGAAAAUCCGCCACGUGGAUUCUUUGAAUCGAUAAGCCGAAAGCAGUUUUUUUUUUUUUUUAAUUUUUUUUUUUAAAAUAAUUGAUUUUUUGUGAAUAUGAAAAUGAAAAUUUAAUGUUUGAAAUUGGAAGGGUAAAGCCGACAUAUGGACAUACAUUAUUUGUGUGUCGUGUCGGAAGAGUUGC